AUGACUCCUGAUAAUGUUGGAAAUGCAGUAGAUGCUGAAUGCAGUACAGAAUUGCUAAGGGCUCAGUUGUUCCUUGGUGUCCUAAAAACAAUACGCCAUUUGGCAAUGUGUAAAGUGCCAAUGGCUAUUUGUUUGGGAUCUCAACUUGAUGCAUGCAAACUAAAGUUGCAGAAUCAUACAGAGGCUUCAGACAUGAUGUCGGCUAUUACAGCAUGA